AUGUUCAUAUGGGGCUACUAUCGGAAGCAAGGAGAAGAUCCCCUUUACCCACCAGGACCCCCUACUCUCCCUAUUCUGGGUAAUUUGUGGACCCUAAGAUUUCAACUUCAUCAUGAAACCUUCAUUGAGGUAAUCAAAAUGGAGAUACGCCAAUUAUAUGGGGAAAACAAUCGAAACUAGAAGGGUUAUAAGCACCAUAUCAACUGCAAGUCAUUGCAUCAGUUAUGGUUCUAUAAGUCUAUGGCCACUGUCUCAGUGUCUGUGUUUUGUGUAUGUUCUUUUUCCAUUUUGGUGUAUACAUUUUCAAAGACUGCAAAUGUGAGUUAUGGUUGCUGGGAAAUACCUGAUUUAUGUCAAACUGCUACAAAAUGGUUUGACCAAAUAUUGGGGAUAUUGCCCAUAGAUUCAUAACACCAUAACUACUAUGAUGAACUGCUAUUAUUAUGGUGCUUAGUAUGACUCUUUGCUAGCAGCAGCUGUCAUAGUAAUAGCUUCCAAAAUUGGCGUACAACUAUUUGUCUCCUGCCAGCUAUAAUGUCUAGGUAUGCAAAUAUAGCAUAAUUAAAUAUUAUGGUAGUAAAAAGUUAGAAUCUUAUGCAGUUCUCUGUGAGAAUGGUUAAAAAAAUCAGACAAAGGUACCAGAAACACAUAAUUUCAUCCGUAAUUACCAGAACUGGGAUGACCAUAAUUAUUGAUAAAUGCUUGUUUUUUUUGAGUAAAAUAUCCAGGUGCUUAUCAUGUUUAAAACACAUGUACAGAACAUUGGGUGAGUAUGUUGCUUAGUUUAUCAUAAGGCUUGGUAAGUACAGGGUCACAAUAUUUUAGUACUGCAAUCCGUAAACAAUCUAAAAUGUAUAUAGAUGUCAAUGACCGGCUUUCUUCUCUAAUGGACAAAAGGGAUUAUUUUCACAGCAGGAGCUGUGAGAGAAGACUGUUUGCAAACCUGGAUCCGAAGGUUGAUCAGGUGAUCAUAUUAAGCCUCUAAAAUAUAAUGUAGGAUUAUCUUCGAUUUCUAAGGGCUGCGUGACCAACAUAUCCAAGGCUAUUAGUAAUUGGUAAUGUGGCCAAACCACAUUGUGCUUUAAAAAAAAAAUAAAUAAAAAAAAAAAAAUUAUAUAUAUAUAUAUUUUAAUUAUUUGGGCCCUCUGAUGCUUGUCCACGUGGCAGAUCAACUUAUAUAAAUAUGAUCAAUGCAAAGAUAUAGAGAGAAAUAUUUAGACAAUGAAAAAAGGUGCCGAUUCGUGUGCAAAAAUGGCUACCCUAUUGUCAGAGUACUGCCAUGCUUAUAUGGGUUGGGGACUGUCCAGCAGUUCCAACGCUGACCUCUGUGGUUUUUGUACCCUCUCUGUUCUUGACUUCUGGUUCCCCAAACCUCGGCUUGUCCCUGUUUACUCUCUGUCCAUGUGACGUCAACCCGUCCAUUCUAAGGUCCGGUACAGUGGCGUACAUACCCUGCGACCCGGUAUGUAGCCACUGGGCCAGCCUCUUCCCCUGGGGGGGCCAGGAGUCGACCACCCCAGGGCCCCCCGAGGCUGGCCCUGCGGUCACCGGGCGGGCAGGCGGGCGCGCGAGGGAGCACUCAGUACUUCCUCUUCAGCUCCCUCGCGCACCGCAAUGAUACCGGAGCCGGAAGAUGACGUCAUCUUCCGGCGCCGGCAUCCCUACGCGGCGCGCGAGGGAGCUGAAGAGGAAGUACUGAGUGCUCCCUCGCGCGCCCGCCUGCCCGCCCGACCGGCCGCCCGCCCAGGAGCCCAGCAGCACCACUGGACCCCAGGGAAUCCCCCCAGCACUCCAAAAGGUAAGGAGGCUGGGGGAUUACAUAAAAAAAAAAAAAUCAUGUGUGAGUGUUAGUGUGAGUGUUAGUGUGUGUGAGUGUUAGUGUGUGUGAGUGUUAGAGUGAGUGAGUGUUAGAGUGAGUGUUAGAGUGAGUGAGUGUUAGAGUGAGUGUUAGAGUGAGUGAGUGUUAGAGUGAGUGAGUGUUAGAGUGAGUGAGUGUUAGUGUGUGUGUUUGUGUGUCUGCUAGUGAGUGUUAGUGUGAGUGUUAGUGUGUGUCUGCUAGUGAGUGUCAGUGAGUGUGUUACUGUGUGUGUCUUACUGAGUGUGUGUGUGUUAGUGAGUCUGUUUGAUGUCUGUUAGUGAGUGUGUGUUUGCCAAUGAGAGUGUAUGUUUUGUAAGUGAGUGUGUAUGUAUGUCUGUCGCUGACUGUGUCUCUGUCAGUAAAUGUGUGUGUCUGUUAGCUAGUGUGUAUGCGUCUGUAAGUGUGUGUGUGUGUGUGUGUGUCUUCAGCACUUACCUUUCUCCAGUGCCGGACUCCCUUCAUAAUGCUUUCCUAUGGACGCUGGCGUGCUCUCACUGUGAAAAUCACAAUGAGAAGCACGCAAGCGCCUCUAGCGGCUGUCAAUGGGACAGCCACUAGAGGAAAUAGGGGAAGGCUUAACCCAUUCAUGUGUUUAUGAAAAAAUGGGUUAACCCUAGCUGGACCUGGCACCCAGACCACUUCAUUAAGCUGAAGUGGUCUGGGUGCCUAGAGUGGUCCUUUAAGUGUGUGCAUCUGCAUGCACUGGCGUACAUACCGCGGUCGCAGGGGUCGCAGCCCUGUAACCCCUGCGACCAGGUGCCCACCGCCAUGUGUUGCGGCCUGCGCGCGGGGGGGGGGGCACGGAUCAAUUUUUCACACCGGGGCCCCAUGGGUCAUGUGUACACCACUGGUCCGGUACAUGUUGUCACGAACACACCCUACUUCAAGUGUGCGUGAUGUAGUUGUGGUGGUGAAAGGGUUAAAGUUCACUAUUUGUCUGCACUAGACCGGAAAUCAUGAUAAACACCACCCACACUUAACCAUAACAAUAUAAAUAUUACAAUUUUUUUAACGCUGCCACCACCAAGACCAUUUAUAAAUAGGGUGCCUUGGUCCCCCAGGUAACUUAAUAAUAAAAACCCACCAAAUACAAUUUAGCACAAUAUUUAAGCAAUUGCAAAACACUAAUUAGUCUCUUCAGGUGACAUGAUCCUUAACCAGAUAAAUGCAGAACUUAAAGGAAUAUUUAUUAUGAGCAAAAAAAUAGUCACAGUGCAUACAAAAAAAUAAAUGACAAUCACAUUAUUUACACCAACAACAAAUAAAAAACAAAAGGAAUAAAAUAACAGAAGUCGGGGGCGUGGCUUGGACGCCGGACGAGAUGGCGGCGUUAACCAAGAGCUCCCUGCAGGCUCAGCACUACUACCCACCUAACCUGCUCCAAAUAUCACAAUCAUGGGCAAAACACACAAACCACAACAGGCUGCUUCGGCCAACAACCCCCCCGAGGGGGUCUCAACCAACGGGCAUGCGCUAGUACCUCACGGCCCAGGCCGACCUAACUUCCCAGGCCUCAAGCGACUCAGAGGCCUCGGGCCUAGCCCACUCGGCCUCACCUCAAGACGAACGCCAUGAAAAGACAACGCAAAAGCCUAAUCCACCGCCACCCCAGCCGGACUGGGUGACACUAAUCAGCAACCUACCUACGAACGCUGAUUUAAAAGAGGCAAAUGCAGCCCUCCACAAAUCCAUUGCAGGGGAACUCCAUGCCCUAAGGGAGGAUAUAGAAACAUAGAAUGUGACGGCAGAUAAUAACCAUUUGGCCCAUCUAGUCUGCCCAAUUUUCUAAAUACUUUCAUUAGGCCCUGGCCUUAUCUUAUAGUUAGGAUAGCCUUAUGCCUAUCCCACGAAUGCUUAAACUCCUUUACUGUGUUAACCUCUACCACUUCAGCUGGAAGGCUAUUCCAUGAAUCCACUACCCUCUCAGUAAAGUAAUACUUCCUGAUAUUAUUUCUAAACCUUUGUCCCUCUAAUUUAAGACUAUGUCCUCUUUUUGUGGUAGUUUUUCUUCUUUUAAAUAUAGUCUCCUCCUUUACUGUGUUGAUUCCCUUUAUGUAUUUAAAUGUUUCUAUCAUAUCCCCCCUGUCUCGUCUUUCCUCCAAGCUAUACAUGUUAAGAUCCUUUAACCUUUCCUGGUAGGUUUUAUCCCGCAAUCCAUGAACCAGUUUAGUAGCCCUUCUCUGAACCCUCUCUAAGGUAUCAAUAUCCUUCUGAAGAUACGGUCUCCAGUACUGCGUACAAUACUCCAAGUGAGGUCUCACCAGUGUUCUGUACAAUGGCAUGAGCACUUCCCUCUUUCUACUGCUAAUACCUCUCCAUAUACAACCAAGCAUUCUGCUAGCAUUUCCUGCUGCUCUAUUACAUUGUCUGCCUACCUUUAAAUCAUCAGAAAUAAUCACCCCUAAAUCCCUUUCCUCAGAUGUUGAGGUUAGGACUCUAUGAAAUAUUCUGUACUCUGCCCUUGGGUUUUUAUGUCCAAGAUGCAUUAUCUUGCACAUAUCCAACUUAAAUGUCAGCUGCCACAACUCUGACCAUUUUUCUAAUUUACCUAAAUCAUUUGCCAUUUGGCUUAUCCCUCUUGGAACAUCAACCCUGUUACAUAUCUUAUUAUCAUCAGCAAAAAUACAUACCUUACCAUCAAGACCUUCUGCAAUAUCACUAAUAAAAAUAUUAAAGAGAAUGGGUCCAAGUACAGAUCCCUGAGGUACCCCACUGGUGACAAGUCCAAGCUUCGAAUAUAUUCCAUUAACUACAACCCUCUGUUGCCUGUCACUCAGCCACUGCCUUACCCAUUCAACAAUAUUGGAAUCCAAACUUAAAGAUUGCAGUUUAUUGAUAAGCCUUCUAUGUGCAACAGUGUCAAAAGCCUUACUGAAAUCUAGGUAAGCAAUGUCUACUGCACCACCCUGAUCUAUAAUUUUAGUUACCCAAUCAAAAAGAUCAAUAAGAUUAGUUUGGCAUGAUCUCCCUGAAGUAAACCCAUGUAGUCUCUGAUCUUGAAAUCCAUGUGUUUUUAGAUGUUCAACAAUCCUAUCCUUGUUUCCAUCACUUUCCCCACUACUGAAGUUAAGGAUGGGGUAGGGUUAGUGGUUGGGGUAUGGGUACGGCUCCCUCUAUGCCUUUUUUGGGGGGGCGCGUGCGCAGUGUUAUUUUCUUCCUAAUGGACAAAAACAAAUGAUUUUCUACCGAAUUUUGUCUGAAAAACUAAUGUUUUAUGGACGAAAUUCGGACUGGACGAUUGAAAUUUUUAUUUAGUAUGAAUUCAUUCGUACGAAAUGAACAUUUCACUGGUGCACAUGUCUAAUUCUUGGUUUUUGUCAGGGUUACUUGUGUAUUACAUGAUACAAAUAAACACAUAUGCAUAUUAUGAUGUCAUUAUUAACUAUCAGAUGUUAAGGAAUACAUAGACGCACUUUCUUUUUACUAUUCACUGGCACUUUUUUAAAGAAGAAUAUUAACAUACAAUUUAUCCAUUUGCUGACACCAGACACCCGUGAAAUUUUGAGCAUUUGGCUUUCAUAAUUUAAGAGUAUGCUGUCUACAUGAACUGAAUUGCAUUGCCAAACAUUCCUGGGAGAAACAUUCCUAACUCCACCUGCAUUGGUUUUCUGAAGAUUGUGGAGACGGGUGCUCUGUUCUGCUCUCCUUGCCAUCUUCUAUUCUAGUACUACAUUAGUGCACAUUCUCCAGAGCAGCUAUGUUAUAUUCCAGAAUUUUGCUAUUGUCCGAUGAAACAAAUUACAUGAAGGGACAAUUGAAACCUGAAACAGGUAGACUACAUUCAUAAUAACAUAAUGUCUUUACAAUGACAUUACCAACAGAGACAUUUAUACUGACUUUGCUCAAGUAACAUUACUGAUGCUCUAGAACUAGAUUGGAAGAAAUGUAGAAUUAAGGGUGAUCAAGGCUGGGUUAUAUUUAGCAUUUGAGUUAGGGGACAUAAACCCAGCCUUCUAAUUUGAAGCAGAUUGUGUCUACCCUACUGCCCAUCUUCCUAAUAUCUGAUUUCUCAUUCAUAGCUGGCGGAGAUAUAUGGGAAUGUGUACACUGUAUGGCUGGGGCAUAUACCAGUCAUAGUUCUGAAUGGAUUCAAAGCUGUCAAAGAGGUUCUGAACUCCCAUUCUGAAGCAUACACUGGGCGUCCUCUGUUGCCAUUUUUCAUGGAUUUAAUGGGAGAAAAAGGUAUACAUGAAGCUUGUAUGCAUUGCAUUUAAACUUUAUUUUGUUUAAUUUAAAUAUACCAAUAACAUAUCAGAGUGGAUAUUGGUUUUCUUCUGAAGAAAGCUUCCUAAUUAUAUUUCAUCCUAUGUUUCAGCAUCGUAUAAUUUCUGUUGGCAUUUUCCCUUUUUGAGUGGUUUGACAUCCUACUUGGGUCUGCUGGGUGCUACUCCUUGCCUUCACUGCUUCCAACACAGAUCCGUAAGUUCUCUGUCUGAGGAACAGAGCAUAUCUCAUUUAUUGAUAGUGAUCAGCUGAUGUAGGACUUAGCUCAGGAGAACUAACGUAAGCUCCUAAGUAUCAGCUCCCGGUUUUCUUUCUGAAGCAUUGGAGCAGAGUCUAGCACACAUGUUGGGUAAGAAGUCAAACCAUUCAAAAGCGGUUUUCAAAAGUUUUACUUACUUGGCUGAUGAAGAGCUAUCUUAAGAAUAUUACGGACAUUUUCAGUUUCAAAUAUAAAAAUUAUCUGAAAAUAGACCUAAUCAUAGGGAAUAAUUAUGCGUCUGAAAUAAUCCCUCCAGGAGUUGUUCUAACGUCUGGACAUACCUGGAAGCAGCAGAGACGUUUCGGGCAGAUGGCCCUCAAGAAAUUGGGCCUGGGGAAAAGGAACAUGGAGGUGCGCAUACAAGAGGAGGUUCAGAGUCUGCUGGAAAUGUUUGCUGCUAUGGAAGGUAUUGACUGGGUUAGUGAUGACAAUGUGGUUAAUAAAGAAAUGUGAAUAUUUAUAUGAACCAUGUGUCUGGACGCUUGUUAAAUUUCUUCAAACAACUUUUUGAUGAUUGUGAUUUAAUCAGUUGAUUCUUUUAUUCCCCCAAAAAUUCUGAGCCAUCAUAUUAAUAUACAUAUUAGUUCUAAUUUUGCGAUUUAGAAACUUAAAGGGACACUAUAGACACCAAAACAACUUUAUCUAAAAGGGAUUCUCCAGUGCCAGGAAAACAAAACAUAUUCAUUUUCCUAGCACUGCAGGCUCCCGCACUGCAGGCUUCCUGCCCCCAUUCCAAGUUGCUGAAGGGGUUAAAACCCCUUCAGUGACUUACCGGAGUCCAGCGCCGAAGUCCCUCGGCGCUGGGUCAGGCUCCGCCUACUCUCCCCCGCCACGCAUUAGACUCCCCGUAGGAAAGCAUUAUACAAUGCUUUCCUAUGGGGAUUUCGGCAACGCUGGAGGUCGUCACAUAGCGUGAGGAUGUCCAGCAUCGCUGAAAACACUUUUUGUGUUCUAUGAACACAGAUGUCCCUCUAGUAGCUGUCUAGUAGACAGCCACUAGAGAAGCAAUGUAAAUAUUGCAGUUUAUGAAAACUACAAUAUUACACUUGCAGGGUUAAGGGUAGUGAGAGUUGGCACCCAGACCACUCCAAUGGGUAGAAGUGGUCUGGGUGCCUGGAUUAUCCCUUUAAUUAAGCAGUUUGGUGUAUAGACUCUGCCCUACAGUCUCACUGCUCAAUUAUUUGCUAUUUAGGAGUUAAAUCACUGUCUUUAUGCAGCACUAGUCACACCUCCCUGCAUGUAAUGUCCACAGCCUUCCCAAACACUUCCUGUUAAGAUAGAUCUAAUGUUUACACUUCAUUAUUUUGCAUAUUCUGUAUAAUUUUAAGUUUCUUAUCUCCUGCUAUGUUAAUAGCCUUCUAGACCCUACCAGAGCCUCAUGUGUGUGAUUACAGUUAAGUUUAUUUCUAAAGAAAGUUAACAUCUAAUUGAAAAGUAAACCUUUUUUUUGCAUGCAGACUGUGGGAUUUAAAGCUAGGGGAGGUGCGGCUUGGGCUGUAUAUAUAGAAGCAACAGUGAUUUAACUCCUAAAUGGCAAGAAAAUUGAGCAGUGAAACUGCAGGGGCAUGAACAUUACAAAAAAUAAAUCUGUGCACCAAAACUGCUUCACUAAGCUAAAAUUGCUUUGAUGCCUAUAGUACCCCUUUAAAGGCCCACUCCAUCCACCAUACCCACUACAACGCAUGUAAUGAGUGCCCUGGCAUCCCCCCAAACUGUUUACUAAUGUUUUGACAACUUACCAGGGGUCUACCAAAAGUCUGUUAUUCUCUCCACUGAGAGCAGGAUUCCUGGCACCAUAACCACUGCAGCACACUGUUUUCUGCUCACUGAAUAGUAAAUUAACAUUAGAACUAAACCAGAAAUUUCCAGCCUAUUUUAUGAUUUCAAAUGAUGAAAAUAUUUUUCAAUAAAAGGAGUGAAUCCUACAGAGCAGUGGCAGGAGAAUAAAAAAAAAAAUUAAAUUGUUGGCACAUUGUUUUAUCGCAUUCACGCGAUUUAGUAGAUCGUGCUCACGAGAUGGUUAUCUUGUGCGCACGCUUUAACUAUUUCAUUGGCACAAUCUACUAAAUUGUGCACUCAGGGCUGGCAGGCAGCGGGGCUGGAGCUUCACUAACCUCCUACCUCACUUCCUGUUGCCUUGGCCUGCUCAGAUCGCUGGACCUGCUGCCCACUAUAUAAUUAUCUUGUGGUGUACAAGUCAUCUAUACCAUGGCCACUAACUACUUAAAGAGGGUGCACAUGUAAACUAUCUUGUGGAAAAGAUCGACAGUGUGCACACAAUAUAAAAAAAAAAUACUUCCUGGGUCACCCCUGGGGCUGGGUAGAAUCCUCUAAUCACUCCUUUAUAAAUUUUUGGCCAAUAAUUUAAUUGUCACUUGAGUAUAUCGUUAGAGGCCCCACUUCAAAACAGUCCUAUUUUACAUAAUCCACUAGAAACUGAAAAAAAAUGAUCUUCCUAGGAUCACAAAGCUAUAAACAAGAGCAAUGAUGAUAUGAUAUGAACGCAUACUGACAACAUAUGGUUGUUAUUGAAUCCAAAUAUCCAAAGCUCUAGCAGAACACGUCUCCAACUCGAAUCUGCCAUGACUGUACAGAUCAAUGUGCACAACACAGUUUCAAUUUAAUUUCACAAGUUAUCUUUAAAAUAUUGCAUUAUAAAAUAAUUCCAGAUUUCACAGUUUACUCUUUUACUGUAGUGUUUAAUAUUGUUAUAUUUAUUUCUGGUAUUUAUAAAGCGCCAACACAUUCUGCAAAACUGUACAAUUUGCAAAAAAGACACUACAAUAUUCACAGACCAAUACAAACGGUAAAGGGGGCCAUUAGGGAACAGCAAAGAGAGGAUUUGUGUUUGCAAGUUAGUGUAGUUAAAUUAACAUCAAUACGAAAAGAUAUUAUGACUGUUUUUUUUUUAUUUAUAUAUUUUUAGGAUCUCCCACUGAUCCUUCAGUUUCGAUUACCCACUCUGUAUCCAAUGUUAUAUCUGCAGUGGUGUUUGGGAAGAGAUUUCUCCUGGAAGACAAAGAUUUUCAGAAACUCCACAAAGCUACAGAACUUGUCAUAGCAGCUCCAGGAACCUUAUGGGCCAGGGUGAGAAUGCAAUCGUAUAAUGCUUCAGGGACAGCAAUGGUCUAGGCAACCUACAGCACUCCAGAUGUUGUGGGCUACAUCCCCAUAAUCCUUUUACACGCAUAAUGCUGGCAAAGCAUUAUGGGAGGUGUAGUCCAAAACAUCUGGAGUGCCGAAGGAUACCUAUGCUUGGUCUAGGCCAUAAUGGACAUUUGGGAGGGUGUACUUUCUUUUUUCCGAUGACUGUAGCUACAACCGCAAACAGUGUAUUUGUGUCUGCAAGCUAGUGUACUUCAUUUGACAUCAGUAUUAAAAGAUGAUACUAUUGAUAGCCACAGAUCCUUCAAACCACACAAUCAUACACCAAAUUACUUCAAUACAUCUACCAGUACAUGAGUCACAACAUUAAAACCACUGACAGGACAAGUGAGUAACAUUGAUUAUAUUGUUCAAAUGGCACCUGUCAAUGGUGGGAUAUUUUAGGUAGCAAGUGAAAACUCAGUUCUUGAAUUUGAUGUACUGGAAGCAGGAAAAAUGGGCAAUCGAAAAGAUAUGAGUGACUUACUUAGACAAGGACCAAGUACUGAUGGGGUGUUCCUGGUAUACAAGUCUCACUGAUGUAUCUGGGAAGCAAAGGCUAGCCCAUCUAAUCCAAUCAGACGGAAGAGCUACUGUAGCUCAAAUUGCUGAUUAACUUAAUGUCGGCCAUGAUAGAGAGGUGUCAUAAACACAGUGCAUCGCAGUUUGCUGCAUAUGGGGCUGCGUAGUGGCAGACUAGUCAGAGUGCCCAUGAUGAACCCUGUCCACCACCUUCAAUGGAUGGGUGGGUGUGUGUGUGUGUGUUGUUUACCUGACAACAGGAUGCACUAUGGGAAGAAGGCAAGGCGAACAUAGUGCCCUGGGCAAUGUUCUGCAGGGAAAGCUUGGGUUCUGUUAUUAAUGUGGAUGUUACAUUUACACAUAUCACCACAUACACCCCUUCAUGGCAAUGGUGUUCCCUGAUGGCAGUGGCCUCUUUCGAGGAUAAUGCAAAAAUUGUUCAGAAAUGGUUUAAAGAACAUGACAAAGAGUUCAAUAUGUUACUUUGGCCUCCAAUUUGCCCGGAUCUGGAAUGUGCUUGAAUAAUAAACCUGAACCAUGGAGGCCCGAUCCUGCAACUUGCAGGGCUUAAAGGAUCUGCUGCUAAUAUCUUGGUGCCCGAUACCACAGGACACAUUCAGAGAUUUUGUGAAGUCCAUGCCUCAGUGCAUCAGAGCUGUUUUGACAGCACAAGGAGAGCCUACAUGAUAUUAGGCAGGUGGUUUUAAUGUUGUGGCUGAUCAAAACAGUAACUGAUUCUCAUCUUAUCGAUCCUAAUCUUUUUUUUUUUUUAUUAGAUUUUUUUAUCAUUUUUACCUUUGUUGCUCACUUAGAAGAUAGAUACUGAUGUUUUCUCAUUCACAUUGUUAUCCCCAUCACACAAUGUAUGCCAAAUAAUCAGUCACCAUACUGCACAAAUAUAGUGUCUAAAUAAAUUCUCUCUCAUACAGACAUAUUUACCAACAUUCUUGUCCAUACAGUUAUUUCUACUUUGCUACUUUUUACAUUUGAACUUUUGCACAUUUCAUAAAAGCAAAGGCACAAUUUAUUAAUUUGGUUGAAGAUUUUAGAGCAUGUUAUUCUGCUUCUAGAUCUAUGACCUGGUCCCCACACUUAUGCGUCACCUCCCAGGACCGCACCAGAAAGCGAUCAAAUACUUCCAGAUUUUGUGUUCCUUCAUCCAUAAUGAGGUCAAAGAACAUCAGGAGCUAGGAGCAAAAGAGGACAUGGAUUUCAUAGAUCAUUAUCUGAUUCAGAUCUCCAAGGUACAAUCAGCCUAUUAA